GUUCAUGUCCACCAGGAUGCCUUCAGAGAAGGUCGCGACAUCUACCUAUGAAAGGGAACUCUACGCUCUCAGGCAAGCAUUAGACCAUUGGAAGCACUACUUGCUUGGGAGGCACUUCAAAGUCUAUUCUGACCAUGAGACAUUAUGAUGGUUAAAGACGCAGGCCAAGAUGACACCUAAGCUUACUAGGUGGGCCGCAGAGAUAGAUCAGUAUGACUUUGAGCUCAAGCCUGUCAAAGGGAAGUACAGCGUAGUCGCGGAUGCUCAGAGUAGGAGAGCGGAUUACUUUGGGGCAAUAGUACAUUACCUCGAUAUAGGGAAGGACCUGCAGCAGAGGGUUAAAGAAGCUUACGCGCAGGACCCUAUCUAUAGUGAGCUCCUUAAGAAAGUCAAGGAGGCCCCAGAGACUGAACCGAAUUACCGCACUACCGAAGGGUUGCUUUUUGAGAAGACUAAUGUGUCUGACCGCCUGUGCAUCCCCAAUAGCGAAGAGAUUCGUAGUCUGAUUCUGGGCGAAUGCCAUGACACAGAGGGUCAUUUUGGUUGGCAAAAGACUUUAGCCAAUCUUAUGCGUGCGUAUACCUGGCCAGGGAUGAAGAAUGACUGCGUAGAGUAUGUUCGCAGUUGCAAAGUCUGCCAGCGUAAUAAGAGUUCUACGCGCGCCCCGCUAGGUCUUCUCAGACCCUUGCCCAUUCUGGAUCAGCCGGGAGACUUAGUGUCAAUCGAUUUCAUGGACACUCAAGUCAAGAGCAGGCAUGGCAAGAGCCAAGUCAUGGUCAUAGUUGACCGCUUUAGCAAGUACGCAGUUUUUGUUCCUUUGCCUUCUGAGGCGCGUACUGAUUUAGUCAUACAGAGCCUCGACGACGCGCUGACUCAAGUCCACAGCCGCCUCCGGCAGCUGGAGCAGCGACCCGUCGCCGCCCCUGAUGCCAGCUCUUCCAACACCUCCGAUCGCCUUGAGGCAUUGGAGAUUGACGUCGGAUCCCUCAAGGACGGCGUGCAGUUGCAGCAAACGGCAACGCAACAGUUGGAGCAGCGGAUCUGUACUGCCGCCAACCACUCGAGCUCGGAACCGCGCGAGACAGCUCCAAAGUUCGAUGGGCAGGAGAUCUUCUGCGACUCGACGAAGACGGACCCGAUUUCAUGGUUCUGCAAGUUUGAGCUCACGUUGCAGCUACACUACGUCAAAGAACACAAGCACCAUGGGUACUUAUACUCGCGCUCGGGGGGUGCGUGCCAAGAAUGGUUGGACAAUCUCUUGUCCAAGUACGGAGUGGUAGCUGCCGACUUGCAUACCAAGAUCAGUUGGGAUGAUCUAAAGGCGGCGUGGCAUAAGCGGUUCCAAGUAGAGCCGCCGGAGAUCAAGGCAAUGGACAAGCUCAUGGUCUUCGAACAAGGCACACUGCCGAGUGUUGAUUGGAUUGCCGAGUACCUACGCUUUACAUCCGUCCCAGACAUUCAAAUGGGCUUCAAAGCCAUCAAACACUACUUCAUCUCGAGGUCGUGUCCGGCGUUGGGCAAUGCCUUGACUCACGUCGAGGACACCCUGAUGACACCGGCAGAACUUUUUGACAAGGCCGCGCAGAUUACUGUCACGAACAAGGCGGCCAAGAAUCUCCCGCGUUCGUUUGUGCCAGGCCUGGGCAGAGAUCAACAUCGGCCGAAAGUCGUCGUGGUCGCGGCGGCAACGCCAAACGACCAAACUAGCGAGGCCGUGUCUGCCAAUGAAGGGGACAGACUCGCAGCUGCCCGGGAUGGUGGCCGCCCCGGCAAAGGCCGAGGACACGGCGCACCAGCGCCAGCCCCAUGGUCCCACUACGGUAUCUCGGAGGAAGCUUACAAGCAACGCACGAGAUUCCGCUAUUGUCUGUGUUCGAAGGAAGGCAAACCCGACCGCCAUCAAGUUGGCGGACGGAAGGACACAGCAACUUAUCGACCGCUACACCGAGGCCGUGCCGGUGUAUUUCGCACCUCGUGCGAACCGGUGACAUUUGACAUUUUGGACACGGACUUUGACAUUAUUUUGGGAAUGCCUUGGCUUGCAAGUGCGUAUCACACGGUCAACUUCCAUCGGCGGAGUCUUACUGUUCGUGACUCCUUCGGCGCCGAAGUGUUGUGUACUAUUCCUCUUCCGCACCCUUCGAUUCGGUGCCAAGUGGUGACGACCAAGUCAUUCCGGGCUACUUGUGCUUACGAGCAGCCCGACGAAAUCGGCCUAUGUUUCCUACGGACCGUCGCAGUAGCCGACUCUUCACCCACGGACUUGUCUUCGGACCCCCGUGCGGUGUGGCUGCUUGAUGAGUUCGCCGACAUCUUCGAGUCACCUACAGGUGUGGUGCCGGAUCGGCGGAUCUCUCACGAGAUCAUUCUUGAGGCCGGUGUCAUGCCACCGAAAGGUUGCAUUUAUCGCAUGAGCGAGGAGGAGCUUACGGUCCUUCGCGCGCAACUUGAUGAUUUGUUGGACAAGGGCUGGAUCCGCCCUAGUAGCUCUCCAUACGGAGCGCCAGUUCUCUUCGUACGAAAGAAGAACAAAGAUCUACGAUUGUGCAUCGACUACCGCAAGCUCAACGCGCAAACCGUCAAGAAUGUGGGGCCUCUUCCUCGGAUCGACGAUCUUCUGGAGCGAUUGGGCGGCGCAAAGUAUUUUUCUAAGUUGGAUUUGAAGUCGGGAUAUCAUCAAAUCUCGAUCCGACCGAACAAUCGUUACAAAUCCGCGUUCAAGAUGCGGUAUGGGCAUUUUGAGUGGGUGGUCAUGCCUUUUGGCCUCACCAACGCCCCGACGACCUUUCAAGCGGCAAUGACCAACGAGUUUCGUGCAAUGUCGGACUGGUUCGUGUUGGUCUACUUAGACGAUAUUCUCGUCUAUAGCCGGUCAUUGGAGGAUCAUCUUGAGCACCUUCGACGAGUGUUGGAGACGCUUCGCCGCGCCAAGUACAGGGCCAACCGCAACAAGUGCGAAUUUGUCCGGCAAGAGCUGGAAUACUUGGGCCAUUUUGUCACACCGGAGGGCAUCAGUCCGCUACCGAACAAGAUUCAAGCCAUCCAAGAGUGGCUGGGGCCACGGAACGUCACGGAUGUCCGUUCGUUCCUUGGCCUCGCCGGCUACUACCAUCGUUUUAUCAAGGGCUACUCGAAGAUCGUGGCCCACUUGACCAAGCUUCAAUGCGAGGAUCGACCGUUUGACUUCGGAGAGGAUGCACGGGAAUCAUUUUUGGCUCUCAAAGCAACGCUAUUAUCUGCGGAGGUCUUGCGCAUAUACGACCCGCUUUUGCCUACGCUCGACACUACGGAUGCGUCCGGCUAUGGCAUUGGUGCCGUCCUCGAGCAACACGAUGGCGUUGACUGGCACCCGGUCGAAUAUUUCAGCAAUAAAGUGCCCGUCGUGCACUCCAUUGACGAUGCACGCAAGGAGUUCCUCGCCUUCGUCCACACGCUCAAGCGGUGGCGGCACUUCCUCCUUGGUCGAAGCCCAUUCCGAUGGGUAACAUACAAUACUUUGUUGGUCUUUUACAAGACCCAAGACACCAUUAACAGCACCAUCGCUCGAUGGAUGGCUUUCAUCGACCAGUUCGACUUCUUUCCCGAUCACAUUCCGGGGAAGUCGAACCGUUUUGCGGAUGCUCUUUCACGGCGUCCGGAUCAUUGUAAUGCGGUCUAUUCAACCUUCGAGAUCGACAACGACCUGCGGGACAGCUUUAUCCGCGACUACCAAGCCGACCCCGAGUUUCGCGGCAAGUACGUGAAUUGCUCCUCUCCUUUCUCACUACUGGAUACAAGAGGGGUACUUGCUUGUCCACACACGGGGGAAGAACCUUCUUUGCGUACCGAGUGACCCUCACUUGCGUACACGACUUCUUGGCGAGUUCCACAAUGCUCCCGCCACCGGACACUUUGGAGUCAAUCGCACGAUUGGCCGACUUCGC